AUGUCUGAAGAAAAUCAACCAACAACUACCGAGAAUCCACCAGCAGAAGAAGAUGUUGUAACGGAAGAACAACCAAAGAAGGAAUUCUCUACACUUCCAUUGCAUGAAAAAACGCUAGAAGUGCUUAAAAGACUUCCUUUCAAUACGAUGUACGCCAUUCAAGAACAAGCUAUACCAAUUCUUUUAUCGGGUGGCGAUAUAUUAGCUGCUGCAAAAACAGGAAGUGGCAAGACAUUGGCAUUUCUCAUUCCAGCAAUCGAUUUAUUAUUCCGUAAAAACGCUACUAAGAAGGAUGGAACAAUUGUUUUGAUAGUCGCUCCAACAAGAGAACUUGCAGAUCAGAUUUUCGAUGUCGCUACUCUUCUCCUCAAAGAUACCGAAGUUUCAUUUGGAGCUGCAUACGGUGGCAAAGAAAAGAAAAACGAAACAACACUUCUCAAAUCAGGCAUUAACCUCUUAGUUGCAACACCAGGCCGUCUAUGUGAUCAUAUUCUCACUACAAAAGAUUGGUCAUUAGAAAAUCUCAAAAUGCUCAUCAUUGACGAGGCAGAUAGGAUCCUUGAAGAUGGCUACAAAGAUCAAUUACACGCAAUCGUCGAAGGAAUCCCUUCAGAACGUCAAACAGCCUUAUUCAGCGCAACUCAAACAAAAGACGUCAGCAAAAUUGCAGAAGUCUCUUUCAAACAUACACCAGUAUACGUCGGAGUCGAUGAUAACGCUGACGAAGUUACAGCUGCUAAUUUAACCCAAGAUUGUAUGAUAAUUACUCCAUCAAAGCGUUUAAUGCUUCUUAUUACUAUCCUCAAGCGUAAUGAUAAGAAGAAGGUCAUAGUUUUCUUCAAUACAAGGGCAGGAGUCAAAUUCCAUCAUCAAUACCUCAAAAAGAUGAAUAUAAACACAAUUGCACUUCACGGAGACCAAACACAGCAAAAACGACUUACAAGCCUUGAAGAAUUCCGCAAUAAAAAAUCCGGAAUUAUGUUAUGCACAGAUGUCGCCGCCAGAGGUCUAGAUAUCGAAGGAGUGCAUUGGGUUAUACAAUACGAUCCACCACAGAGUAUCAAAGAGUACAUCCAUCGUGUAGGAAGAUGCGCAAGAGCUGGAAAAUCCGGAAAAGCUUUAAUUAUUCUUCUUCCUAACGAAAAGAAGUUUGUAGACAGACUACAAGAGAACAAAGUACCAAUAAAGGUCUGUAAAUUCCCAGAAAACAAGAUUCUCGACUUGAGAAAGACAUUGGCCGCUUUAAUGGAGGACAAAAAUCUUCAGAAGAGGGCUAAAGAAGCUCUAAAGGCAUUCUUAAUGUUUUAUGACUCACAUACAAUGAAAGAUUGCUUCGAUGUCGAAAAAUUAGAUAUCGAAGGCGUUUCUCAGUCAUACGGUUUCGCUGAAAUACCAUACAUGGAUAUAAGAGUUACCACAGGAAAAACAAGUGAUGCUCCUUGGAUCCAAAAAGAAAAGGCAAGAAGAGGAAAAUGA